AUGAGAAUUGUUAACGUUAAAGAGAUUAUCGAUAUGAGGAUGAAUUUUUUAAAUCCGCUGGAACGCACCGCUGGUCGAGAAUGCCUACAGGGGCAAAAUGUUGUUUCCGUGGCGCCUAUAGAAGUCCCUGACGAGUCGAUGUAUCCGAGAUUCGCGGAACCGAUACCAAAUGUGACGGUCACCGUAGGCCGAGACGCUUUACUGGCGUGUGUUGUGGAUAAUUUAAGAGGAUUCAAGGUGGCAUGGGUUCGUAUGGACACACAGACCAUUCUGAGCAUCCAUCAUAACAUAAUAACACAGAACCCUCGCAUCAGCCUCUCAUACAAUGACCACCGCUCGUGGUACCUUCAUAUCAAAAGCGUGCAGGAGGUUGACCGUGGAUGGUACAUGUGUCAAGUCAAUACCGACCCUAUGCGGUCAAGAAAAGGUUAUCUUCAAGUUGUAGUGCCACCAUCAAUCAUCGAUAACAUGACGUCAACGGAUAUGGUGGUGCGGGAAGGUUCCGAUGUGACCUUAGUGUGUCGGGCGUCGGGGUAUCCUGAGCCUUACGUCAUGUGGAGGAGGGAAGACGGACAAGAUUUCAAUUACAACGGGGAGUCAGUUAGCGUGGUGUCUCGAUUACACAUGGGAGCGUACCUGUGCAUAGCAUCUAAUGGAGUGCCGCCAUCGAUUAGUAAGCGGAUCAUGCUCAUGGUACAAUUUCCACCAAUGCUGUCCAUUCCGAAUCAACUAGAAGGGGCUUAUAUUGGUCAAGAUGUGACCUUGGAAUGCCACACAGAAGCGUAUCCGUCCUCAAUCAACUAUUGGACCACAGAUCGAGGGACAUGAUCAUUU